UCUCGACGAGGAUGCGCUGAAGGUCACAGCAGGAAGCAUAGGUGACGUCAUCGUCAUCACCCGCAGGUUCCCCUUCGUCGUCGAGAGGUUCCGCAGCUCGGAGGACAAGAUGGGCAACCGGGGAAUGGAGGAUCUGAUCCCGCUGGUCAACCGGCUGCAGGACGCCUUCUCGUCCAUCGGACACAACUCCAGCCUGGACCUGCCCCAGAUCGCGGUGGUGGGCGGCCAGAGCGCCGGCAAGAGUUCGGUUCUGGAGAAUUUCGUGGGCAAAGACUUCCUGCCCCGUGGUUCUGGGAUUGUCACUCGGCGCCCCCUGGUGCUGCAACUCAUACACUGUGCCACAGAGUACGCAGAGUUCCUGCACUGCAAAGGGAAAAAGUUCACCGACUUUGAAGAAAUCCGCCAGGAAAUCGAGGCAGAAACCGAUCGAGUGACGGGACAAAACAAAGGAAUCAGUCCAGUUCCCAUCAAUCUGAGAGUCUACUCGCCCAAUGUGUUGAACCUCACCCUGGUGGACCUCCCCGGGAUGACCAAAGUCCCAGUGGGAGACCAGCCGGCCGACAUCGAGCAGCAGAUCCGAGACAUGCUGAUGCAGUUUGUCACCAAGGACAACUGCCUCCUGUUGGCCGUCUCUCCCGCCAACUCAGACCUCGCCAACUCCGAUGCUCUGAAGAUCGCCAAGGAGGUGGACCCUCAAGGUCUCAGGACCAUCGGUGUGAUCACCAAACUGGACCUGAUGGAUGAAGGAACUGAUGCCAGAGACAUCCUGGAGAACAAACUCCUGCCGCUUCGCAGAGGUUACAUCGGAGUGGUCAACCGCAGUCAGAAAGACAUUGACGGCAGGAAAGACAUCACGGCAGCCUUGCAGGCGGAGAGGAAGUUCUUCAUGUCCCACGCAUCCUACCGGCACCUGGCCGACCGCAUGGGAACUGCCCACCUGCAGAAAGUUCUCAACCAGCAACUGACCAAUCACAUCAGAGACACGUUGCCCGGGUUACGCACCAAACUUCAGAACCAGCUGCUGUCCAUCGAGAAGGAAGUGUCCGAGUACAAGAACUUCAACCCUGACGACCCCGGUCGCAAAACCAAGGCCUUGCUGCAGAUGGUGCAGCAGUUUGCGGUGGACUUUGAAAAGCGGAUAGAAGGUUCCGGAGACCAGGUGGACACCUGUGAGCUGUCAGGAGGAGCUAAGAUCAACCGCAUCUUUCACGAGCGAUUCCCCUUCGAACUCGUUAAAUUGGAGAGUGACGAGAAGACUCUUCGUAAAGAAAUCAGCUACGCUAUCAAGAACAUUCACGGCAUCAGGACGGGUCUGUUCACACCUGACAUGGCGUUCGAGACCAUCGUCAAGCGUCUGAUCAGCACGCUUAAAGAACCGUGUCACAAGUGCAUCGACAUGGUGAUCAAUGAAUUAGUCAACACUGUCAGGCUGUGUGCACUCAAGUUAGCUCAGUACCCCAUGCUGCGCGAGGAGAUGGAGAGAAUCGUCACUCAGCACAUCCGAGACAGAGAGAGUCGCACGAAAGGCCAGGUGAUGCUGCUGGUGGACAUUGAGUUGGCGUACAUCAACACCAACCAUGAAGACUUCAUUGGCUUUGCAAAUGCUCAGCAGAAGAGCAGUCAGGCCAACAAGAAGAAGGCCAGCGGGACUCAGGAUGAGAUCAUGGUGAUCCGCAAAGGCUGGCUGACCAUCAACAACAUCAGCAUCAUGAAGGGCGGAGCCAAGGAAUACUGGUUUGUUUUGACCGCGGAGACCUUGUCCUGGUACAAAGACGACGAGGAGAAGGACAAGAAGUACAUGCUGCCUGUCGAUAAUCUCAAACUCAAAGACAUCGAGAAGAGUUUCAUGUCCAGCAAGCACAUUUUUGCUCUCUUCAACACCGAACACAGGAACGUGUACAAGGACUACCGCCAGUUGGAGUUGGCCAGUGAGUCCCAGGAGGAGGUGGACAGCUGGAAGGCAUCUUUCCUACGGGCAGGCGUGUACCCUGAACGCACCGUGGAUAAAGACAAGGUGGAGGUGGAGGAGUCCAACACGGACGGACAAAUCCACAGUCUGGACCCCCAACUGGAGAGGCAGGUGGAGAUCGUCAGGAACCUGGUGGACUCCUACCUGUCCAUCAUCCAUCGCACCAUCAAAGACCUGGUCCCCAAGACCGUCAUGCACCUGAUGGUCAACAAUACGAAAGACUUCAUCCACUCCGACCUGCUGGCCCAGAUUUACUCGUGCGCCGACCAAAACACUCUGAUGGACGAGUCCCAGGAGCAGGCUCGGCACCGCGACGACAUGUUGAGGAUGUACCACGCCCUGCGCGAAGGUCUCCACAUCAUCGGCGACAUCAGCACCUCCACCGUCACCACCGGCAUGCCGCCGCCCGUGGACGACUCCUGGCUGCAGGUGACGGGCGCGCCGUCGGGCCGCAGGUCUCCCAUGUCCAGUCCCACGCCGCAGCGUCGGGCACCACCACCCGGCCCCCUGCGCCCGGGCGGUCGGGCCGCACCGGGCGCCCCCUCAAGACCCGCCGUGUCGCCUGACCCGGGAACGUCCGCCCCGUCUCGGCCCAACAGAGGACCGCCACCCGGGGUUCCCAGAAUCUCAGUUAGCGACCAGUGACGUGCGACAUGUCAUCGACCAAUGAGAUCGCUGCUCACCCUGUGACCCCGCCCCUUUCCCCCGGCCAUCACAAAGAGAUGAUUGACAGCACUAUUGUCCAGCUGGUGUUGAUGUGUUUACACGUGAAUCAGGACAAACGCAAGCAAAACAAGUUUGGUCCGACGUGGAAAAGAGUGUUUUCAUGUUGUUUGGUGACUGUGACUGUUCAAAUGAUAACUUGUAACUACCGGUUUGCAAUCGCAUCCGUUUUUAUUUUGACGUCUUCCGGGUAUCUUAUUUUGAAAGAGCCCCUUUGCCGCCAUGUGUCACACUGUUGCACUUGACUGACUGCCGGUAAGCUAGCAAAAAGAGUACAAGGACAGAUGUCUGCUUUAAGGUGAGUUUAUUUUGGUGUAGUAAUGUAGUACAGUAGUACAUAGUACAGUAGUCAUGUGCGUGAAACGUCAUAGUUUUUGUACAAGUACAAAGAGUUAUUUAUUGUUUAUGGACCCUGCUCUGGUCAGCAGGGGGCGCUAGCUAGCGAGCUAACGAGCUAACAUUUGCUUUUUAGUUGUUCCCUCUUGAGUCAAGAUACAUUCAAAAAGAUUCAUCUUUACAAUGUAAAGUUUUUUAAAAAUGGUUUGGUAUGAAUGAUUAUUCAUUCAUUCAUUCAUUUAUUGUGUGAAUGCUCCAAAACAUUCACGCAUGUUUUCUACACCAAAAUCCAUCUAUUUAUUUCUUCUUCUUCUUCUUCUUCUUCUUCUUCUUCUUCUUCUUCUUCUUCUUCUUCUUCUUCUUCUUCUUCUUCUUCUUCUUCUUCUUCUUCUUCUUCUUCUUCUUCUUCUUCUUCUUCUUCUUCUUCUUCUUCUUCUUCUUCUUCUUCUUCUUCUUCUUCUUCUUCUUCUUCUUCUUCUUCAGAUUUUGGCGCGUUCUCCCUUCCACAUUUUUCAACCUAUUCAAACCGUUCCAACUCCAACACAUUCCACCAUCCUGGAAAUGUAAACUUCUCCUUUUCAAAGUUCAAAACAAAUUCCAGGGUUUUCCAGAAUUCCUGGUUAUCCAAAGCCCUAUUUCCACCCUUUUUUCUGGCGACUACUCCUUCCACAUUUUUCAACGCAUUCCAACCAUUCUACCGUCAAAACAUUCCUCUUAUCAGGACAAAAGACAAAGUUGUUUUUUGAACUGGAAAAAUUCCAGAAAUUCCAGGAAUUCCGUAAUACUAUUUGUCAUUUCAACAUGUUAUUACUUCAAUAUUUUGUCCACCGAUUUGAAAAAUUUCAACACCAACCAUUUCAACUCAUUCAGACCAUUCAAGUGUUUUUUUUUUACCAUUUUCAAAAAAAUUCCUGCUUUUCCCGAAAUUCCCAAUUUUUUGGGAAAUUCCCACUGAAAUGAAUGGGACAUUUUUCAAAGUUCCAUAAUUCCCAUAUUUUUCAUCUGAUUCAAACUGUUCCAACUCCAAAAAUAUUCAGCCUGUUCAGGAAUUGUGUGUUCUACUUCCACAAUUCUAAAAAAAAAUUCCCGGAUUUCCCAUUAUUCCUCUUUUUUGGGGGGAAUUUUCCCCAUUCAAAAUGAAUUGGCCAUUUUUUUAAAUUCCACAACAAUUCCCACAUUCUUCAAACCAUUCCACCUUCAACACAUUCCACCAUCCUGGAAAUGUAAACUUCCCCUUUUCAAAGUUCAAAACAAAUUCCAGGGUUUUCCAGAAUUCCUGGUUAUCCAAAGCCCUAUUUCCACCCUUUUUUUCUGGCGACUACUCCUUCCACAUUUUUCAUUGCAUUCCAACCAUUCUACCGUCAAAACCUUCCUCUUAAUCGGGACAAAAGACAAAGUUGUUUUUUGAACUGGAAAAAUCCCGGAAAUUCCAGGAAUUCCGUAAUACUAUUUGUCAUUUCAACAUGUUAUUACUUCAACAUUUUGUCCACCGAUUUGAAAAAUUUCAACACCAACCAUUUCAACUCAUCCAAACCAUUCAGGUUUUUUACCAUUUUCAAAAAAAAUUCCUGCUUUUCCCAAAAUUCAGAAUUUUUUGGGAAAUUCACAUUUAAAUGAAUUGGCGAUUUUUCAAACUUACACAAUUCCCACAUUCUUCAACCCGUUGCACCGUCAACACAUUCCACCAUCCUGGAAAUUUAAACUUCACCUUUUCAAAGAUAAAAAAAAUUCCAGUAUUUUCCAGAAUUCCUGGUUUUCCAAAGCCCUAUUUCCACCCUUUUUUUCUGGCAACUAGUCCUUCCACAUUUUUCAACGCAUUUCAACCAUUCUACCGUCAAAACAUUCCUCUUAUCAGGACAAAAAACAAAGUUGUUUUUUGAACUGGAAAAAUUCCCGAAAUUCCAGGAAUUCCGUAAUACUAUUUGUCAUUUCAACAUGUUAUUACUUCAACAUUUUGUCCACCGAUUUGAAAAAUUUCAACACCAACCAUUUCAACUCAUUCAGACCAUUCAAGUUUUUUAACAUUUUCAAAAAAAAUUCCCGCUUUUCCCAAAAUUCCCAAUUUUUUGGGAAAUUCACAUUUAAAUGAAUUGGCGAUUUUUCAAACUUACACAAUUCCCACAUUCUUCAACCCGUUGCACCGUCAACACAUUCCACCAUCCUGGAAAUUUAAACUUCACCUUUUCAAAGAUAAAAAAAAUUCCAGUAUUUUCCAGAAUUCCUGGUUUUCCAAAGCCCUAUUUCCACCCUUUUUUUCUGGCGACUAGUCCUUCCACAUUUUUCAACGUAUUCCAACCAUUCUACCGUCAAAACAUUCCUCUUAUCAGGACAAAAAACAAAGUUGUUUUUUGAACUGGAAAAAUUCCCGAAAUUCCAGGAAUUCCGUAAUACUAUUUCUCAUUUCAACAUGUUAUUACUUCAACAUUUUGUCCACCGAUUUGAAAAAUUUCAACACCAACCAUUUCAACUCAUUCAGUUUUUUAUUAUUUUCCCAAAAAAAAUCCAGCUUUUUCGAAAUUCCUAAUUUUUUGGGAAAUUCCCAUUUAAAUGAAUGGGACAUUUUUCAAAGUUCCAUAAUUCCCAUAUUUUUCAUCUGAUUCAAACAGUUCCAACUCCAAAAAUACUCAACCUGUUCAGGAAUUGUGUGCUCUACUUACACAAUUCUAAAAAAAAAUUCCCGGAUUUCCCAUUAUUCCUCCUUUUUUU